AUGGAUAACCAACAUGGCUCCGACGACGCGCUUGCCUCAUUGGCAAAGACAAUCCGUGCCGAGCUUCAACAGAAGCUUUCCAGCGAAGCGCGCAUCCAUCUGCCGUUCGACGAGGACAAGACAGGCUUCGACAAAGGCAACCUUCGCUUUACUCAGUACGAGCGCCCAACAUACCUCGCUGUCGUCGAUCCAGGUUGUGAGAACGACGUGGUCGAAGUUGUUAAGUAUGCGCGGGAGAAGGGUAUUCCAUUCACACCCCGUGGUGGCCACCAUGCAGUCACUACCACAAUGAGACAGUUUAAGAACGGUAUAUGCAUCAACAUGCGCCCACUCAACUACAUGCGAUGGGAUGCUGAGAAGCGGCAUGUUACCGCCGGUGGUGGAGCGAUCACUGAUGAGUUCGUGCGCUUCGUGCAUGAUUUGGGUAUGGAAGUCACCUUUGGUGCAGGCCUUGGUCGUUUGCAAGGCAAAUAUGGCUUUCUAAACGACAACAUGAUCUCGUGUAAGCUCGUACUCGCCGACGGAAGUGUGGUAGUUGCAUCCAAGGACUCGCAUCCGGAUCUGUUUUGGGCCAUUCGUGGCGCAGGCCAUAACUUUGGUAUCGCAGUCGAGGUCACGUUCCAAGUCUAUCCGCAGCCGCACGGAGGUAUACACCAUACUUGGGAUCUGGAGUAUACAUUGGAUCAGUGCGAUGCGGUAUUUGAGACGCUGAAUAGCGUCUACGAGACUAUGCCCGCGGACUUGGCAAUCUUCGUCCUAUGGUUGCGCCAGAGCAGCGGUCGCAAGCACAUCAUUCUCGUCAAUCUAGUCUGGUCUGGUCCAGCUGUGGGUGCAGACCCCUAUGUGCAGCGCUUCGAGUCCCUGGACCCAGUCUUGAUCACCGGGCGGAAGUCCGUGUCAUGGCCAGAGCUACCGUUCACCACCUACAAAGAGAUAAACAAGCUCUUUUGUAAUCCCGAAGUCUGGCUCCGAGGCCCCUAUAAGAUGAUGGGCGCCGCCUGCGUCGACAAGUUCGACCUCAAGACGACACGCGAGUUCUUUGAGAGUGUCAAAGCUAUGAGUGAGGAGUGGGAGGACCGCGGCUGGUUCAGUGCCAUGUUUGAAUGCCUACCUGAUCAGCGUGUUCGCGAGAUCCCCGACGAUGCGACAGCCUUUCCGUGGCGCGGUGGUUCGAAUCAUUUUCUUAUGCUGAAUGCGACACCAAAGCGACUGGAAGACCGCAAGGUUUUCGAGGACCAUCUCAACUACUGGAAGCAACGCUUCGUCGAGACGUCUGGAUACGGCCGUUUGCAACAGUAUGUGAGCUAUGGUAAUGGUACGGCGACCUUGAAGGACCCGCCCGAAGCACUGUACGGCUACGAGUCCUGGAGAUUGGAGAAGCUACGGCUUCUCAAGCAGAGAUAUGACCCUGACAAUGCGUUUCGAUGGUACCAACCACUCGUUGAGUCAUGA